GAAAGGUGUUUAGACUUGACUCAUGAAAGGUUGUUUUGAAUUUAUUUAACAGCGCCUGACAAUGCAACUAUGACACAUUUUAUCAAGUGUAUUUCUUUGACGUACAAUAUGUAUUAACCGGUAUUUAUGAAAAAUGCAAGUUUCCUAGACCAUGCAUUGACGCAUUGCUCAUACAACCAGACUGAAACUUGUUUGAGUUGGAUGUUUUACAGUGUCAGCUUGUUGUUAGCAAUAAUAAUAGAGCCUCGCUCCGGCAAACUUACGGAUAGCUUGAGAAACACGUCAUCAGGAAAGUUUCAGAACGAGUCUGGCCACCCGAUUCACAUCAGUGGCCUCUAACGACGAGCAGUAGGAUACUGGAGACACACACUAACCCAGGACCCCACCCACGGGGUUGCCUGUAUAACUCAGUGGAUUAUUUUCAUCGACAGGUACGGGAAGAAAGAGCCUGGCGCUACAACACUGUGUGUCACCAGGAGAAUGGACGUGGCUGGAGAAGAUGGAGAGGAGGCUAUACAAAGAGACCAGUUGAGAUUCUUCAGGGUAUUCUGUGGCACUUGGAAUGUGAACGAGCAGUCCCCAAUGGAAUCCCUGGGCACUUGGCUGGAGAAGGACGAUGAACCACCAGACAUAUAUGCUAUAGGAUUUCAAGAACUAGACAUGAGCAUAGAUGCUAUGCUAUCUACCGACUCCAAGAAGGAAGCGGAAUGGGAGGAUGCUGUUAAGACCUACCUCCACCCAAAAGCAAAGUAUAUUAAGGUGAAGUCAUGUCGACUGAUGGGGAUACUGCUGCUGGUCUACAUACAGGAACAGCACAUCCCCACUGAUGUAGACGCCGAACAAGUGGCCACAGGCAUCAUGGGGUUCAUGGGGAACAAGGGCGGCGUGGGUAUUCGGAUGACCAUCUGCAACACGUCCAUUUGUUUCAUCAACUCUCAUCUCACAGCCCGCGAGGAGGAGAUAGAGAGGAGGAAUCAGGAUUAUCGUGACAUUUCCUCCAAGAUGACAUUCAAACAGUUCUCGCCGCCAAUGACACCUGAUGACCAUGACCUCAUAUUUUGGUUUGGAGAUCUGAACUUUCGAAUCGAUGACAUGCCUGCUAAUGAACUGAAGAACAACAUAGACAAUAAUCAGUACACAAGACUACUGUCACACGAUCAGUUGUGCAAGCUGCUGGGGAAGUCCGAUGUGUUUGCCGGUUACACUGAGGGUGUCAUCAAUUUCCGUCCAACGUAUAGGUACGAUUCAGGCACUGACAACUGGGAUACAAGCGAGAAACGGCGUCCGCCAGCAUGGUGUGACCGGGUACUUUGGAAAGGUUCUGGGAUUCGACAGCUGCGUUACAACUCCCAUCCGGAACUGAAGAUCAGCGACCACAAACCUGUCAGUGCCCUCUUUGAUGCCGGGAUCCGAGUGGGAGGAGAUAAAAGUCACAGGACGCUCACCAAGGACGCCAUGGGGGUUCUGGACAGGAUAGAGGAGGAGUAUACGCCACAGGUCAAGCUGAAUACAACAGAGUUUUACUUUGAGAAUGUCAGGUUCAUUGAACCACAACAGAAGGAACUAGCAAUCACUAACACUGGACGGGUACCCGUGGAAUAUAAGUUUAUCAACGAGCUGGAUGGCGUGAAAUUCUGUAUACCAUGGCUGAAAGUCUCCCCGAGAAAACACACCGUGAUGCCAGGAGACAGCUCUGAUGUAUGCCUCGAGGUCUUUAUUGACAAAGAAAUUGUGAGGGACCUCAACUUUAGAGUCAGUCUUGAUGACAUACUCGUUCUACGUCUGAAUAGCGGAAGAGAUAUAUUCAUACCUAUUCAUGGCACGUAUGUACCCAGUAGCUUCGGCACAUCCAUCGAGACCCUCGUGUAUGUACACGGACCAAUCAGAGACGUUACUGUUGAAGAGCUGAUACAGGUGGGUGGAGCGGAGUUCUUGAGUUCAACGGAUCCCUACAAUAGCCGUAAAUACAUCUGCCCAAAAGAAAUCUUCCGUCUUGUCAAUCACCUCUACAAAUACGGCGGAAAAAAGGAAUCGAUGUUCCUGAAGCGAGGUCAUCCUUCCGAGAUCAAGCAGAUCAGAGAUGCUCUUGACACCGGCAGCCCUGAAUAUCUUCCAGGCAGCGUCCACUCAGUGGCCGAGGCCCUGUUGCUGUUCCUUGAGUCUCUCCCCGAGCCGGUUAUUCCUUCCGCCUUCUAUCACUCCUGUCUUCAGUGUUCCACUGAUUUCCAGCGCUGCAAGAAGGUGCUACAACUGAUUCCCGACAGUCACAGAAACGUUUUCAAGUAUUUGUGCGCGUUCCUCCGGGAACGACUGAAGUUUGCUGACCAGAACAACUUGGAUGUUAAAAUCCUUGCAUCGCUGUUCGGCAAUGUAUUCUUAAGGGCCCCGCCAUCAUCAAGCAAGGAUGACAGACAAUCCACAACCCGGCAUUCCAAAUCACGUGCACGAGCUGAAGACUCCAAGAAGACUGCAUUUGUUUUUCAUUUCCUCACCAAUGAAUAUGAUGAAUGAAGAUCUGUCGCCCUGGAAAUGGCCUCAAUUUCAGCUGCCACUUAUGUCAUUACAGUUUAGUCAUUGAACUGAGAUGAACUUUUUUUUACCAAACUAGAUAUAUAAAACCUCUACAGUUAAUGCACCUGUCAUACAAUCUGAGUGAAUGAGAGUGCAUAUUGGUUAACGCUGCAUCAACAGUUUGGCAGUUUUACUUUGAAGUUGUCAUAGUUGUUGAUGAAAACAAACUGGACAUUGCAUGAAAAACAGAAUGCUAUCAUACAGGGGCAUAAGUUGUCUUUUUGUCUAUGUUAUUUAUUAUCAUGUUCCUUAAUGUUAUAUGCUACUUUGACGUAUGUGCAUAUGUAUAUGUAUAUAUAUCUAAUGUACAUUUAUAAUAAGAAAGUUCGACAAUAUUUAAUUUAAUCACAGUCUGAAACAUUUAAAAAAACAAACAAACUUAAUCUCUAUUAACUGCAUAUAUCGUGAAUGCCCAUUUAACCUUGGGUCCCGGGAGAAUCCAUAUCGUCAUAAUAGUGUAAUGUUGACAUCUCACUUCUCUUCAACUAAUGAUAGUUCGACACACAUCUUUCAUGGGCCCGAGGACUCUCGUAAAAGAUAUAUAUAUCUGAGGGCAGGAUGAAAACAUCUAAUUACUUUACAUUGGUGAAUUUGAAUGACAUCAAUACAUUUGAUAACUGUAACAUUUUGCCUUUCAACAUCGCUUACAAGCUAAAAACAACUACUGUUUUGAUAAGACUUGCUACAGGGAUUGAGUGAGGGAGGGGCGUCAAACGUUCCACUUUAGGAUACGGUUAAAUCUAAUAAACACAAAGUCCUUUGA